AUGCCACCCUCAGCAACGCACCAAAUACCCAACACCCUGCCCCUCACCCUCAUCGUCGCGACCACUCCGGUUCGCGCCGCAUCCACCUCGUCUCCCAAUGAAGCAGCGACACGACUUGGAAUCGGUCUCAAGGGAACCCUGCCGUGGCCACGCAUCAAGACCGACAUGUCCUUCUUCGCUCGAGUGACCUCUCGAGCGCCAGCCGCGGGUACGACCAACGCCAUCAUCAUGGGUCGCAAAACCUACUUUUCGGUGCCGAAGCAUCUCCGCCCACUGGCGAAGCGGAUCAGUGUGGUCGUCACGCGGGAUACCACGGGCUCUGUGCGUGACGAGGUCAUGAAAGAUCUGGAGGCGCGCAAGGCGAAAUUGGCCGAAGCGGCGAAAGUCAAGGCGGAGUCGGCAUCACCGUCGGAGUCUACAUCGAGAGAUGUCGGCGAUGAGCCGGUAACGGAUGCACUCGUGACGCGGAGUCUGGAAAUGGCUCUUUCGGAGCUGGAGGCAUCGUAUGGAUCGUCUGGAAAGCUGGGAAAGAUCUAUGUGAUUGGAGGUGCGGAGAUCUACGGCCUGGCUUCUCGAUUGAAAGUCGUUGAUGGACAGGAUCGGAAGAGACCUGUGAGAAUUGUCUUGACGAAUGUCGUACGGAAAACUGGGGGUCAGGGCGAUGCUGCUGCUGCUGCUGCUGCUGCUGCUGCGACGGAGGGGUAUGAAUGCGAUACUUUCUUUCCGGUGGAAGGGCUCGGGACAGGAACGGAAUGGCGAACGGCCACUUCUGUAGAGGUCUCUGAGUGGGUUGGGGAGACGGUGACAGGGGAAUGGAUUCGAGACGGCGACGUCGAAGUGCAAAUGGUCGGCUAUGAGAGGGCGGACUGA